AUGAGCAGCAUGCAUGCGCAAGCAGAUUUAGCUAUUAGUCUAGGUGCCGUAGCAAGCUACCGUAGGAACGUUACUAGCGCCGGUAGGUUACCGGGUGUCAAGACUCUCCAACUCUCCAACUUUCGAAUCUUGUACCCGACUGUUCCUGGUCCUGUAUUUUUUCCAAAUUAUCACUUGUCAAGGUUAGAACCUACCUACACUACGCUAGAUUAUGCUGCACUACGUCCUUUUAAAAAGUGA